UUGAUUCAAAAAAAAAAAAAAAGAGAAGAGCAUCUGGUUGCCUUUGGCCGGCGCCGGGCAAGUCACCCGCGGCGGUUGUGCUGCCGGCCGUCGACUCAACCCAACCCGCGACCGCGAUUUCCCACGCGCAGCCGCGCCAUGGCCGGCUGGAUCUCCUCCAAGCUCAAGGCCGCCGAGACCCUCCUCCACCAAAUCGACCAGCAGGCGGCGGAGUCCCUCGGCAAGUCCCCGUCGGCCUCCGACCUCACCGCGCUGCACGCCUCCUCCUCCUCCUCCGCCGCCGACGCCCUCCUCGACGCCCCGACGCGGAGGCAGCCGCCGGUCGCCCCGCCUCCCUCCCUCGGCCUCCGCCUCGCCGCGAGGCGCCCCAACCUGCCUCCGCCUCCGGCUCCUGCUCCCGCUUCCCCUGCCCCCCGCCGCUCCGCCUCCGCGACUGCGGUUCUCGCUGCCCAGGAUCGCGCGGCGGGUGCUGCUGUGGGGGGCGUGGCCGAGGCUAAGGUGGGGGGAGAUCGGGAGGAGGACAAAGGCGGCGGGUCGGAGAGCGGGAGCGGGAGCGAUGAGGACGACUCGGAUGGGUCGGGCAGCGACGACUCGGAGGACUCGGAGGAGGAGAGGCGGAGGGAGGAGGAGAGGAGGCGGCGGCGGGCGGAGCGGCUCGCGGCAAUGGCGGCGCGAGCGAUCGCGGAGAGGGAGGAGGCGGUGGCGAAGCUCGAGGGGGAGAAGGCCAGCCUUGAGAAGCUGCUCGCCGAGCGCGAGAAGGAGCAGGCACAGGAGGCUUCAGAGUUGCAGAAUAGCAUGAUUGAAACUAUGGAGGCUGUGGAGAUGGAGAAACAGCGACACCACAGCACUAGAAUGGAAGCCCUUGCACGGUUGGCUAAGCUUGAGGUUACAAAUGCAGAGCUUGCAAAGUCACUUGCGAGGGAACAGUGGAACCUGGAUCUUCAAGUUGAUCAGGUGGCACAACUUCGAGAGGAAGUUGAUAUGAAGACUCUUACUCAAGAUAAAUAUAAGAGAAAGAUAGCAAAGAUGCAGAAGACUAGCCCCCUUUUGGUUAAUGAAAUAGAAUCGUUGAGAAGGUUCAAGCUGGAAGAAGAAAUGAUUGAUGCAGAGUAUGCUCUAACAUGUGAUAGAAUCGUCAACUUGAAAGACAAGGCAAGGAAGAUUAAAGAAAACAUUGAGCUGACAAAAAGAAGAAUGGUGCAUCCUACAGAAGUGGAAAUUGAACUCAAGAAGAGACUUGAUCAACUCACUGAUCGUUUAAUUCAGAAACAGAUGCAGGUUGAGUCCCUCUCUUCAGAGAAAGCAGCCUUGUUACUGAGAAUAGAGGCAGUUUCAAGAUCGCUUGACAAUAACGGAUCAUCAUCGUUGGCUUAUUCGAGCUCCUCGUCAAAGAUAGAUAUCGAAGCUGGUACAUGGCAAGAAUCACACCCGCCAAGGUUGCGUGACAGGAUACGGAAUGGACAGCGGCAACUGGGAUCGGCAAUCCGACAGCUCGAUUCCAUCUUCUCCGCUGGCCAUAUCUUCUUGAGGCGGAAUCCUAAGGCGCUAGUUUGGGCCAUGGUGUACCUGGUGUGCCUCCACAUAUGGGUCCUGUACAUACUAACGUCACAUCCGACAAUAUCAGAAGCUCGCCCUGGUGCUACAUUUUCGUUGGAGUCAUUAAACAAGACUGGUAUUUAACCCUUUCUCGUUCUUCGCCUUUUCCUCUUCCCCCCCCCCCCCCCCUUGAUGUGCAUUACAAUGAUACGUGAGUCUAUUCUCUGUGUAAACGAGGGAGUUUUGCUUCCUAUAGAAAUGGGAUAACUGGUUGUACAGUCUGGUAAUAUGAUUUUGGACAGUUAACUGAGCCAACCUGUUUUAACAUCAAUUCAGUUUGAAGGGGUCUGAAUGCUCGGCAGAAAACCACAACAGUCACUCCAUUUUUCCUUCGUUUGUUAACUCAUUACUGUGUAACCUGCUAUUCUUACUUCUUGUACCUCUAUAUAUGUAAUACAAAAAAGGUAGUUUCAUAUUUGCAAA